AUGUGGUCGCGACUAAUAGUCGCACUUCUCGUGUUCGUUUCGAUUCAGGCUGUUGAUAGGCAGAAGUUCAAAACAUGUGAUCAAUCGGGCUUUUGCAAGCGUCAUAGAGCGGUAACGACGCAAACAGGAUAUGAGGUUAUCAAAGACUCCAUCAAAAUCAACGAGACAGGUUUACACGCGAAAAUCAAGAACAAGGAUACCACUCUACGAUUGAGCAUUGUUUCUCUUAAAGAUUCUACUGUUAGAGUCCUUAUUGAUGACGAUGAAGGAGCACUGAGAAAGAGAUACCAGCCUUUAGAUGCUCUUGUCGAAAGAGAACCAUCUCAGCAGAAAGUCAAAAAGACUAAAGAAGAGGAAUCAGCUACCAAGAUUUUAACAACCGAUGGAAACCGCAUUGUUCUUCUUCAUAAACCCUUCAGAAUUGAUUUCUACCACAAGGACAAGCUGGUCUCAUCAAUCAAUUCAAAAGGAACUCUUCUGUUCGAGCAGUUCAAAAAGAAAGUCCUUCUUUCGGAUAGAGAGAAAGGUUACUGGGAAGAGACAUUUGGAGAGGUCAAGGAUACUAAACCGCAUGGAUCUUCUUCGGUCGGAGUUGAUAUCGCGUUCGUUGGAGCCAAAUAUGUUUUUGGAAUUCCUGAGCACGCCGAAGGAUAUCAGCUCAGAGACACUAGAACAUAUGAGCCAUACCGUCUCUACAAUCUGGACGUUUUCGAGUAUGAAACAAACUCUCCAAUGGCCUUGUACGGAUCUAUUCCUUAUUUGGUUGGAGUUAACCAAAAGAGAAGUGUUGGAGCUCUUUGGCUGAAUGCCGCUGAAACUUGGGUUGAUAUUGAACCUACCACUGGAGAUAAAGGAGGGUUGAGCAAAGAAAUUUUGGAUGCUGACACCACGCCAAGAAAUGUUCCACAACACAACACUCGAUUCUUCUCGGAGUCUGGAGUCAUUGACAUCUUUAUUACCCUCGGACCACAGCCGAACGACAUUUUCAGACAGCUGGCUACAUUGACUGGUACCACUCCACUUCCACCACUUUUCUCGCUUGGAUAUCAUCAAUCUCGUUGGAACUACAAAGAUCAGAAAGAUGUAAAAGAAGUUCACGAAGGAUUCAUAAUGAACGAAAUCCCGUUGGAUGUUUUGUGGCUUGAUAUUGAACAUACUGACCAGAAGGCUUACUUCACCUGGGACAAAGAUAAUUUCGCGAAACCAGAAGAGAUGGUCAAAGAAUUGGCUGACAAGAAUCGCAAAUUGGUUACUAUUGUGGACCCGCAUAUCAAGAAAGACUCCAAAUAUCACAUUUAUAAAGAGUCUAAGAAGAACAAGCUUCUCGUCAAAGAUGCCGUUGGUGAUGUUUACGAAGGAAAUUGCUGGCCAGGAGACUCGACUUACAUCGACUUCUUCAAUCCGAAAGCCCGAAAAUACUGGGCGGAACAAUUCUCGCUUGAUAAAUAUAAGGGAACCACCAAGGAUGUUCAUAUUUGGAACGACAUGAAUGAGCCUUCCGUGUUCUCAGGACCUGAAGUUACGAUGCAUAAAGAUGCCAUGCAUUACGGUGGAUGGGAGCACAGAGAUGUUCACAAUAUGUAUGGAUUUUACCAGCAUUCCUCAACAUUCAAAGGGCUCAAGGAUAGAAGUAACAACGAAGUCAGACCAUUCGUGCUUACCAGAUCCUUCUUCGCUGGAUCGCAGAGGACUGCUGCUGCUUGGACUGGAGAUAACACUGCUGAUUGGUCACACUUGAAGCAAUCUAUUCCAAUGCUCCUUGCUCUUUCAACCGCUGGUAUGCCAUUUGUUGGUGCUGAUGUUGGAGGAUUCUUUGGAAAUCCUGAUGAGGAACUCCUUAUUCGUUGGUACCAAGCCGGAGCCUUCCAGCCAUUCUUCAGAGGGCACUCCCACCAAGACAGCAAACGCCGUGAACCAUGGCUUUUCAACACUACAACUACUGAUGCAAUUCGUGAGGCUAUCAAGACUCGUUACUCAUUCCUUCCAUACUGGUACACUUUAUUCUACGAGCACACUAAGACCGGAAAACCAGUGAUGAGACCAUUCUGGUUGGAAUUCAUUGAGGAUGAAGCUUCAUGGGAAGAGGAUCGCCAAUGGAUGGUUGGAAACGCAUUGUUAGUUAAAGCUGUCCAAGAGCCGAAAGCUAAAGAUCUUUCAAUUUACUUGGCCGGAAAGCGUCAAGUUUGGUAUGACUGGCACACUCACAAAGCUCGCCCAUCUCCAGGAGCAGUCCAAAUUCCAGUUGAGACAAAUACUAUUGGAAUGUUCCAGAGAGGAGGAACUAUCAUCCCGCAACAAUCUGAGGUUAAGCUUACAACUCAAGAGACCCGCGAGCAGCCAAUUAUUUUGUACAUUGCACUUAACUCUAAAGGAGACUUUGCAAAUGGAACAAUUUAUUUGGACGAUGGAGAAUCUUAUGCCUACGAGAAGGGCGACUUCGCCUACUGGGGAUUCACAUUCCAGAAGCAGCACGACUAUUUGCACACAAUUAAGAACAAAAAUUUGGACAAGAAUGGAAAACUUGAUAGUGACGAUUAUAUUGAGAAGAUUGUUAUCCGCGGAGCGAAAUUCUACCCAAGAAAUGCUCAUAUUUUCCUUGAUGAUAUCAUUCCUGAGGAUCUCGAAUUUGAGUUCAACCGCGAAAACUUCCUCAUGGAAAUUCCAAAUCCUGGAGCAUAUGUGACACGCGAGUUCCAAAUCGACAUUCACUCAUAA